GUGGGCUAAGGACCAUACUGUCUUGGUGGGGAGGGAGGGGCUGCAGGGACUGGAGUAUCUCAGGCCCUUGUAGUGGGUGGGGCCAGGAGCAGGGGCACCUGGGAAACAGGCCUCCCUCUGGAAUUCACAGUUUAGCAGCUAAGUCACUGACCCCUGGAAUCUGCAAGACAAGAUAGAGGACUGCAAAGGGGCAUCCGGGGGUGCUACACUCCUAAAGGACAGCUUAGGCCACGCACCAUGUGGUGGUUCCUGCUGCCGCUGCUGCUGCGCCCCAGCUGGGCAGGGCCUCCCCAGGAGAGGGCCCCUCUUUUCCGGCUGACUCAGCAGGGCCCCUGGGAGAGCGGGGCCAGCAACGCCACGGUCUCCCCCUGCGAGGGGCUGCCCGUCGCGGGAGCCACGACCUUGACCCUCGCCAACAGCAGCCUGGAGCGCCUGCCCGACUGUCUGCCGCCCACGCUGCGCAGCCUCGACGGCAGCCACAACCUGCUGCGCUCCCUGAGCGCGGCCGAGCUCAGCCACCUGCCGCAGCUGCAGGUGCUGACGCUGCGCCACAACCGCAUGGCGGCGCUGCGCUGGGGGCCCGGGGGGCCGGCGGGGCUGCACACGCUGGACCUCAGCUACAACCGGCUGGCCGCGCUGCCGCCCUGCGCCGGGCCCGCUCUGCCCGGCCUCCGCUCGCUGGAGCUCGCCGGGAACCCGCUGCGGGAGCUGCAGCCCGGGGCCUUCUCCUGCCUCCCCGCGCUGCGGCUCCUCAACCUCUCCUGCACCGAGCUCGGCCGCGACCCCGGGGCGGGCAUCGCCGACGCGGCCUUCGCGGGGGCGGGCGGCGCGCUCGAGGUCCUGGACCUCAGCGGCACGUCCCUGGAGCAGGUUCAGUCCGGGUGGAUCAGAGACCUGAGAAAGCUCAGGUCUCUCCACCUGAGGAAGAUGCCCAGGCUGAGAACCCUGGAGGGGGACAUUUUCAAGAUGACCCCUGACUUGCAGCAGCUGGAUUGUCAAGACUCUUCAGCACUUACCUUUGUCCACACACACAUCUUUGAAGACACUCCUCGCCUACAGGUCCUUCUAUUCCAGAACUGCAACUUGAGUUCCUUCCCUCCUUGGAGUCUGCAUUCCUCCCAGGUCCUAACCAUUAACCUCUUCGGCAACCCCCUCAUUUGCAGCUGUGAAUUGUCCUGGCUCCUGAAGGAUGCAAAGAGGACUGUCCUAAGCAGGGCAGCAGACACUGUGUGCACACCAGCUGCAGGAUCCCAAGACACCUUCUCAGCCCCUCUUUCGCUGUCCUAUCUGCCCAGUAUGUGCCAUUUGGACCAAAGCACUACCCUCCUGGAUUCCAACUCGACCUUCUCUGUUCCCAUCACCCACGCACUAUCUACACAGAGUCCUGCCACCCCACAGAGCACAGCCCCCUUUACUCCACCUUUGGAAGUCAGACAGAGUGUCACCAAGACCCCCUCCCUCCCUGCGGAUUCCUCCACAAGGAGUGCAUGGUCGCGCAGUGGCAUCAGGACAGGGACCACCCCCUCCGCUGCCAUCUCCCCAGCAGAUGCCAGCAACUCUAGCGCUCUGCGCAGGGCUGCAAGCACAGCCGAGACAGAGCACCAAGAACACGCCGCCAGGCUUGCCCAUGAGUCUGGCAUCCCAGCUGCCGCCACCCCAUCCACCAGCAAACACCUUGGGCUCUUCCCCACCUCUUGGAACCCGGUGAGGAUGCCCCAGCCCGACCACAGGCCACAGGCCACCCCGCAGGUGCCCCACCCGAGUCCUUCCGAGGACACGAUUCCAAUCUUGCUGUUGGACGACUCCAGUGAGGAGGAGAAGGAGGAAGGGGCGGGGAAGAAGGAGGAGGUGGGAGCGCCUCCCCAGGACGUCCUCUGUGAUUACCAGCCCUGCAAGCACCUCCAGACCCCGUGCGCCGAGCUGCAGAGGCUCUCGCGGUGCCGGUGCCCCGGGCUCAGCGGGGAAGACACCGUCCCGGACCCCCCCACGCUGCAGGCGGUGACCGAGACCACGGACACGUCGGCGCUCGUGCGCUGGUGCGCCCCCAACUCGGUGGUGCGCGGCUACCAGAUCCGCUACUCUCCCGAGGGCCGGCCGGGCAGCCAGUCGGCGUCGGUGGUGGCGGACAUCUAUGCCACCGCCCGGCAGCACCCCCUGUACGGGCUCUCGCCGGGCACCACGUACCGCGUGUGCGUCCUGGCGGCCAACCGGGCGGGCCUGAGCCGGGCGCGGGCCUCGGGCUGGACCCGGGCGUGCGCCGCCUUCACCACCAAGCCCAGCUUCGUGCUCAUCUUCGCGGGGCUGUGCGCCGCCUGCGCCCUGCUGCUGGUCGCCACCCUGCUGCUCUCCGCCUGUCUGUGCCGGCGGGCCCGGACGCCACACCCGCGGCGCUACGACACGCACCUGGUGGCCUACAAAAACCCAGCCUUUGAGCACAGGCUGAAGCUCCAGACCGUCAGUUAGCCCAGCGCCCCCUCCUCCAGUGGAACUCAGGCCGCCUGGGUGCAGAAGAUACAGAGGGUCAAAGACGGCACCCCGUCAGCUCCGAAAGCCGCUCCUUCCUGUGAAGCCAGCGCUCCUUGGGCACACAGGGGGCUUGCCACGCUGUUUCUCAGUCCAAGGAACCACCGCCUUCCCUUCCUCCUCCUCCCCUCUGUGCCCAGAAACGUGCACACCAGUCCACUCCCGAUGCCCGUUGCCACCGGGCAUCCUUGUGCGUUACUUGAGUCUUUCAGCAGUUAAUGCCGCUUGUGUCCAGUCGAAUAGAUUGCGUAUGGAAGUAGAUGGAGAUAAAAACUAGUUCACACGAUUCAGGCUCUUUUGCCAUAUUGGAAGUGAUAUCCUCGAGUCCUUUCAGGAAAGGAAGUUCCCUUCAUGGUCAAGCUCUGGCUAAGGCAGGUGUUAUUCAAGGAAUCAACUCCAGUGGAGUCAUCUGAGAACUGGGGAUAAGGGAGAACUACUGGUUAUGUUUCCCCGAGGCCUCCUGGGUUUAUUAGUUGUGUUUCAGGAUAUGGCACAAAAUGUGCUUUUGGCUUUGGCCUUAGAACUGCAGUCUGCUGGGAACACUUGUGAGACACGAGGAGAAUCUGUGCUUUUUACUCAUUGUUUACUGCAUUUCACCUGAGACUAAGUAGUCAGAGGAACUAUGGACUCCUUUUCUUAAGAAAGCAUAAUAAGGUCACUUUCAGGAUUUUGUUUUUUAAGAGAGAAGAAAUGAGCUUAGGAAAGAAACCUCUGGAGGCCUAGGUGGCUCAGUGGGUUAAAGGUCCGACUCUUGAUCUCGGCUCAGGUC